AUGCUCGUCAGCGUUCUUACUCAACGAGUUGUCUUGGUACAAGCCACCAUUGAGGACGGGCCCUCGGGCCUGCUCCGCCAACUAGCAAGAGUCGGUAGAGACCAUCCCGAAAGAAUGUUGAGAGGUAUCAUCUUAGCCGACUCGGUUCCAGGACGAAGCCUCUAUACAGGGCCGGACUUCGACCGCAUGCACGAGGCAGGGGUACGAUGCGUCCGCGUGCAUGGAUCCCAUGGGGGCUCUGGGGACGAUGUGGAAUGGGCAUACAGUCAGAUUCUCCAGGCUUCGCUUUUGUACCCAUUGAAAAGACUCGGUUGGGCUAUUUCCGCCCAGUUUCCCCUCAAAACAUGGGCGGGUCUUGCGGAUCGCUUGCUGCGGGUUGAGCGUCGUGACAAUAGUGAUGGCAAUGACGAGAACGAUGACUUGGCUACGGUCAACAUUAUAGCAGAUCACAACGCAUGUGCCGCAUCAGCAGACACCGGGAGCGUUGAACUAGGCGCAGUGGUCAGGCUUCUGAGGCAAUCGGCGAGAUUCUACAUCAAAUUGGGCGCAUUCUACCGUCGAGAGCCGCGAGACAUCCAUCGAAUGCGCCCGCUCGUCGAGCUCUUCACCUCGGUGGCUAGCGACCAUCUGCUCUGGGGUAGUGACUGGCCCCAUGUUGACGCGACUCAGAAAGGCCUCGAUCCAAGCCCGCACUUGCAGGGAGUGAGUGCAGCCGAGGAGCUACGCGUACUCGAGUCGUGGCUGUCACCUGAUGAUUUCAUCAAGUUGUUGGUUCAGAACCCGGCCCGAUUAUUCGGCUGA